UUUGGACGCUGUUCCCGGGGAGACAACGGUAGCUUCACACGAUGGAGCCAAGGCUUGUCAAACCACCUGGACAGGAUUUCGCUGUGGAGCGUCUCAAAAGCCGCUACGGAUUAGGGGGCUGCUGCUCAGCGGAGCAUGCUUUUUCGGAUUUUGAUCAGGCUAAAUGUAAGAGAUCUCUAACCUCCCCAGGUAAGCCGAUAGAGGAUUUUUUGGCUAUCUACUCAUCUGGAGAUAAAAUUAUUUCCUCAUUAAGAUGGUAUUCUGAUAAAAGAAAGCAUUCCACGAUACCACCUUGUAGUUCAUUGAAGCACUUCAACAUGAACAACCUAGAUGAACUGGAUUCUUUUCAUAAUUUGAAGCAAAGGGAAACAAAAGAAGAGUUAAUUGAAACUGGUCAUAGAGUUAAUAGCUUCAAAAUAACCAAGCAAUCUUUUAAAGAAAUAGAAGCAGUUGCCUGGCCAUCUAAUUUGGCCUCAAAUUCAAGAAAUUGGACUGAAUGUUGUAGUGAUGCAAGUUACUCUCCUUUGAAACAUGUCAGCUCUCCAACAUUUAAAGCACCAAAUAAGCAGAGUUUACUUCCGCAUCAGAUCAAUCAGAUAUAUGAUGAAUUAUUCCAAAUUCAUCAGAAACUGCAGUGUGAAACUUCAGCACAACAGAAAUUUGCUGAAGAACUUCAAAAGCGAGAACGUUUUUUAGUUGAAAGAGAACAACUGCUGUUCAGACAUGAAACUGCUUUGAGUAAAAUGAAAGGAAUGGAAGAAGAGGUACUUGCAAAAUUUCAGAUUAUAAAGGAGCAACAUGAUGCAGAAGUUGUACACUUAACUGAAGCUCUUAAGGAAAAAAACAGAGAAUGCAAGAGGCUAAGGUCUUCUUUUGAUACUUUGAAAGAAUUAAAUGAGUACUUAAAAAAACAGUUAAAUGAAGUAAAUGAUGAAAAUAGGAAGAUGGAGAUUCAGGCUAAAAGAGUUCAAGCGCGUUUAGAUAAUUUACAGAGGAAGUAUGAGUUUAUGACAGUACAGAGAUUGAAAGGAAAUUCCCAUGCUGCUCAUGAAAUAAAAAGUUUAAAACAAGAAAAAAUACCAGUUUCGAAAACAUGUAAGGUACAACUUAAUGCACAAGUUUAUGAACUUUUAACUAUCUUCAUGGACUGGAUAUCAGAUUAUUACCUUAGCAAAUUGAAAAGUGAAGGAUCUGGAAUGGGUGGUGAAAGUCCUGUACUAAAAUUUGCUUCUCAGAGAAAUGAUAUUCAGGAGAAGUGUGUAAAGCUUUUGCCAGUGAUGACAGAGCAGCUACAGUGGAUGCCAUUUGUGAAUUCCAAACUUCAUGAGCCAUUUUUAAAAUUUAUAUAUUGGUCUCUACGGCAACUAGAAGCUGGAACACUGCAUUCAACUAUGACAUCAACACUGAGGAGACUGGGUGAAGACAUAUUCAAAGGAGUAGUAACUAAGGCAAUUCAGGAUAAUUCUUCAGAGCAUUCUAUGGAGAAUAAACCAAAGACAGCUGCUUUCUUUAGGAGUUCCAAUUUGCCAUUAAGAUUUUUAUCAACUUUAAUUAUUCUCAAAACAGUCACUCAAGCUGACUACCUGGCUCAGGCAUUUGAUUCUCUUUGUUUGGAUUUAAAGACAGAUGAAGGAAAAGUCUUAUUUUUAGAGUAUCAAGCAGUUCCAGUAAUAUUAAACCACCUACGGAUAUCCAGUAAAGGCCUCUUAUCCAAUGUCAUUGAUAGUUUGCUUCAGAUGACGGUGGAAUCCAAAUCCUUGCAGCCCUUCUUGGAAGCCUGUAGCAACAAUUUAUUUUUUCGUACUUGCUCUGUGCUGCUUCGGACCCCUAAGCUUGAUCUCCAAAUACUAGAAAAGCUCAGUAUUAUUCUACAGAAACUUUCAAAAAUCAAGAGUAAUAAAAAGUUCUUUGAACUUUUUACAAUUCAUCUGAUGCUUCAGGAAAUACAAAGAACCACACAUCCAGAGCAUGCCUUUCUCUGUAUUAAUUUAAAUUCAACUCUGUUUAAUUUGGGUUUAACGAAAUACAAUUCCCUGGCCUCCAAUGGAAGCCAUUAGACAGGCUUUAUUAUUAUUUCAUAUAUAUUACAUAUGUGUUGCUUAUUUGUAAGAUUGCAAAAAUCAUCAAACUAAAAGUGUACCAAGUGAAGUUUUCAGUAGCAUCAUUUAUCAUGAAAAAUAAAGUAAAAAUUUUUUUAACUUUAAAAAUAAAAUCUAUAGAAGCUCUGAAAUUUAUGGAAUGUUAUAGUUCAACUAAGGCAGUACUAAUGUGCAAAAUAGAAUUUCCAGAAUUAAUAACACUGGGGUUAUUUUUUGUAACUGCUUUAGAAAAGUUCUUAAAAAUUAUGUGAUUAUUUGGAAUAAAACUGGUGUUUAUGUUGAACAGCGUUAAA